CUUCGUACAAGUGUGAAGUUAGUCGAUUUGUGAACAGUAAUGAAAACACUUUGUGUUUACGAGAUUUAGUAAAUUAUUAUCGCCGUGUGGUAUUUUAAAGUCGUCAUUCUUUUAUUAUUUCUAUCGAUUUUGCGUCUACUGUUAACGAACAAAGUGUUUAUAUAAUAUAUGUCCGCGAAAGUGAGGUGUAAACUGGAGUCUGUUUCAACAAUGAAGAUCAGUGGUUUUAUCGCUAUUUAGCGAUGUGUGAAUCAAAGUGGAAAUGAUGUUUUGUUUAUAAAAUUCAUGGUGUGUGAGUUAUUGAUAGUGUUGAUAAAUUAUAAUUCGAAUCAUAGGGUCGACAAUCGAGGAGACGGAUUCUACCAUGGUGGUGAAACGUGCCGCGGACAGUGCGGACUCUCCGAUCCUGGAGGAAGCCGGCGAGAGUGGCUCCGAACAGAAACCGAAGCCCCUCGUCAAGUAUGGAGAGCUCGUCAUACUCGGAUACAACGGCUACCUGCCAGCCGGCGAGCGCGGGCGGCGCCGCAGCAAGUUCGUCCUCUACCGCCGACAGACGCCCAACGGCGUCCGGCGCUCCAAGCACUACGUGGUGAAGACUCCGCACAGCAGCAAGGCCAUCCUGGACGCCAGCCAGCACUCCAUCUCCUACACGCUCAGCCGCAACCAGGCCGUCAUCGUGGAGUACACGGAAGACCCUGAUACUGACAUGUUCCAGAUCGGCAGAUCUUCAGAGUCGCCCAUAGACUUCGUGGUGAUGGACACGGUGGCCGGCGACAAGACGGGCGACACCAAGGUGCAGCAGAGCACGAUAUCGCGGUUCGCCUGUCGCAUCCUGUCCGACAGGAAUGACGUCAACAACUGCAGGAUCUACGCCGCUGGGUUCGACUCUUCGAGAAAUAUCUUUCUUGGGGAAAAGGCGACGAAAUGGACGGAGAACCACGAGAUCGACGGGCUCACGACCAACGGGGUGCUGAUGAUGCACCCUCGCGGCGACUUCUGCGGCGGCCAGGCGACCUGCGGGCCGUGGCGGGAGACCUCGGUGGGAGGAGCUGUCUUUUCGCUGAGGGAGAGCCGGUCCGCUCAACAAAAGGGUCUCCCGUGCCAGGCGGAGAGCAACGUGCUGAAGGACGGCACGAUGAUCGACCUGUGCGGCGCCACGCUGCUGUGGCGGAGCGCCGAGGGACUCAACAACUCACCGACAAAGCGCGACCUAGAAGCGCUAGUGGACGAGCUGAACGCCGGGCGGCCGCAGUGCCCCGUCGGCCUCAACACGCUCGUGAUCCCGCGCAAGGUGUCCCCCCAGCAGGACCUCAACCAGCCCUACGUGUACCUGCACUGCGGACACGUGCAGGGCGAGCACUCCUGGGGCCAAGAGGGCUCCGAGACCGGCGUCCGGCGCUGCCCGAUGUGCCUGACGGACGGGCCCGUGGUGCGCGUGUGCAUGGGCAUCGAGCCCGCCUUCUACGUGGACGUGGCGCCGCCCACCUACGCCUUCAACCCGUGCGGGCACAUGGCCAGCGAGCGCACCGUCAAAUACUGGUCAAGCGUGGACAUCCCCCACGGCACGAACGGCUUCCACGCGAUCUGCCCGUUCUGCGCCGCGCCGCUGCAGGGCUCGCCCGGCUACGUGCGCCUCAUCUUCCAGGACAACCUCGACUGAAUGAUGCCGAUAAAUGGUGCCUGCAACGCCAUAAUUAUAAUAUCUGUUUGUCUAAAAAUGCAAUGUGUAAGUCAAACGAUCCAAAAUCAAAUGUUAAAAAUGAAAUUGAUUUAUAAUAUUUUAUCCUCAAUGAGAUAAUUAUAAUGAUAAA